AUGGUGAAAUCAUAUGAUAGAUAUGAAUUUGAAGAUUGCUUUGGGAUAGUUAAUUCAAAAACAUCAAAUUGUGUUUUUUUAAAUUACAACAAUAUUUUGUCAGGACAUGAUGAAUGUGUGAGUAUAUGGAAUGUAAAUGAAAAAGAAAUAAAAAGAAAACUGACAGUUCCUUUUACACCACCUUAUUAUUUUUUUACUUAUCAUGUUACAUAUAUUUGUAUAAAUGAGAAAAAUAGAAAUAUUUUAGCAGUUGGAUAUAUAAAUGGUUCUAUUAGGUUAUUUGAUAUAGAAAAAAAUAAAAUAUUGUCAACUUUCCAUGGUCAUACUUCUUCUAUAUGUAAAUUAAAAUUUAAUAAAAAUGGUAACUAUUUAUGUUCAUGUAGUAAAGAUACUAACAUAAUAUUAUGGGAUGUUACUAAUGAUAAAGGAGUAUUUAAACUUGAAGGUCACAACAAUGUGGUUACAGAUAUAGAGUUUAUAAAAAUAAAAAGUGAUUAUUUAAAUGAUUUUAUUAGUAAUAAUUUAUUAAUUAGUGUAUCAAAGGAUUGUUUAAUUAAGGUUUGGGAGUUAAAUAUUCAAUCAUGUGUGCAAACGGUAGUAGAUUGUGAAGAAGAAAUCAGCUGUUUAUCAAUUAAUGAGAACAAUACUAGAUUAAUUGUUGGAUGUAACUCCUUUUUAAGAAUAUAUAAAAUUGAUUUAUAUUCUAAUAUCAAAGAUAAAUUUACUAAUUGUAAAAUUUAUGUAAGUUUUUUGUCAAUUAUUAAGAGGCCUAAUAAUUGUAGAAUUCAAAAUAUGAAGAUGAUUUUUUUUAUUGAAAAUGAUACUGGUCUUGAAGAAGAAAAUUUGCAUUUUAUGUUAAAAGAUGAUGUUGCUAUAAGAGAAAAUGAUAAUAAUAUUAAUAGUGUUAACACAAAUGGAAAUGAUAACAAAAAAAAAAAAGAUGAAAAUAUAGAUAAUUCUAAUAAAAAUAAUAAUAGUGGAGAUGCAUGUGAAGAUAAAAAUAUUAUUAAUGUUAUUAAUAACUCUUUAAAUAGUUCUAUAAAAAUAUGUGAAAGAACAAGUUAUUGUUCAGAAGGAGAUAAUAAUGGAAUUUUAAUGUGCUGCACUAACUUAAAAAAAAUAGAGUUUUAUAAGAUAAAUUCUAUAAAGAAUCAAAAAAAAUCAGAAAAAACAAAAAAAAAAAGAUAUAUAGAAAAAUUAAAAAAAAAAAAAAAACUUAUUAUAAGAGAACAAAAAAGAAUAGAAAAAUUUAAAGGAAAAAAGAGUGUUGACUACUGUAAUUUAACACAAAAAUUAGAAGAAAUUGAACAAGAAAUAAUUAUUUAUAACCGUUAUGAUAUUCAUACGGUCAAUGAUGAAAUAAAAUAUUUAUUUAAUUAUAAUUGCAAAUUUAGAUUGCAAAAUAUAGAUGUUUAUAAAAAAAGAAAAAAAGACAUUUUUGUUUAUCUUUUAGCAUCUUUUGUUACUAACCGAUUAAGUGUAUUUCAAGUUAAUUUAUAUGACAUUUUGAAUAACAAAGAUAUGCUCAUUGUAAAAAAGGAAGGAAAAUCAAAGAAUAGUAAUAAUGAAAACAAGGAUGAAGAAAGAGAAAAACAAGAAGGGGAAAAAAAAAAGAGGAAAGAAGAACCAAAUGAGGGAGAAGAAGAAAGUGAAGAGGAAGUAGAUAAAGAUAAAGAAGGGAGUGAAGAAGAAGAAGAAGAAGAUGGAGAUAAAGAAAGGAGUGAAGAAGAAGAAGAUAAAGAUAAAGAAGGGAGUGAAGAAGAAGAAGAAAAAGUAAAUGAAAGUGAAGAAAAAAGUAAAGAUAAAGAUGAAAAAAAAGAAACAGAAGGAAGUGAACAAAAUAUAAAACUAAUAGAAAAAAAAAUAUAUGAUUAUUCAAAGUGCUUUAAAGAAAUAACUGAAAUAAACAAAGGACAUAAUGGAUCUGUUAACUUUCUAGAAUUAUCUGAAAAUGGAGAAUUAAUGGUUUCUAUAUGCAAAAAAUAUGUGAAGAUAUGGAAUUUGAAAACUUUUCAGAAUAUAAUUACAAUUAAUUCAGAAGGAUGUACAAGUGCAUUUUUUUGUUUUAAUGAUGAAUUCUUGGUAAUUGGUGAUGAAUAUGGAUAUAUUUUUUUGUAUGAAUUAAAAAAUAUUGAAUUAAAAUAUACAUAUAAAGCUCAUGCAAAUAAAAUUAUUAAUUUAUAUAAAAAGCCAAAAAGUAAUGCAUUUUUAUCAGUAGGAGAAGAAAAUUAUUUAAAAAUUUUUGAAUUUACUACGAAUGAAGUGGAUAUUGAUUAUGAAGAAAGUGAUGAUGAGAAGAAAAAUUCUAAAAAUGUUAUAAAUAAAAAAAAUUAUAGAAAUUAUGAUAGAAAAGAGAAAAAUGAAAAGAGUGAAGGAGAAGAAGUGGUUGUUCAAAAAGAAAAUUUUUAUUUAAAAUUUAAAGAAAUGGAUUGUUACAGCUUAACAGAUAAAGUAAGUUGUGCUAUUUAUUCUCCUAAUGAGAAUUAUAUUUCUAUUGGUUAUUUAAAUAAUUUAAUAGAAGUUUUGUAUAGUGAUACAUUAAAAUUACAUUUAACCUUAUAUGGUCAUAGUUUACCAAUAACAUGCAUUGAUAUUUCAAAAGAUAACAAAUUAUUAGCUUCCAGUUCAUCAGAUAAAUUCUUAUUUAUCUGGAAUUUAGAAUAUGGUAGCAUAAAUAAGAGGUUACAUAUAAAUUGUGAUGUAUUAACAAAAAUUAAAUUUUUUAAUGAAAGUAAUAAUUUAAUAAGUAUAUCAAGAGAUGGCUAUAUAAAAAUGUGGGAUGCUGUAAAAUUUGAGUGUAUUUGUACUAUUGAUGGAAGUUUUGGUACUCUUACUUCUUUAGUUAUUAAUGCUAAUGAUGAAUUUUUCUUAACAUCAGGAACUCAUAAAAGUAUUAGAUAUUGGAAAAGAGGAGAUGAUUUAAUUUUUUUAGAAGAGGAAAGGGAUAAAGAGUUAAAUUUGCAAAUUGAAAAGGAAGCAGUAAGGAAUGACUUAACGUACCCAUCUUCUGUUGAAAAAAAUGUUUUACUAAAUAAAGCUACUAUAAAAACUAUUGAAACUAUUAAGUCAUCUGAAAAAUUAAUCGAAUAUCUCGAUAUAAUAGAAGAAGAACUAACUUUGCUAGAUGUAUAUUAUAAAAAUUUAACAGCCUACCAAGAAGCAAAGAAAAAAAAUGAGCUUCCGGAUUUUGUUCAACCACCCACUAAACCUAAUUCCAGACCUGAAUUAUUAAAUAAAGAUCCUUUCGAAUUUAUUAUUGAAAUUGUAUGCAAUAUUAAAAAUAACAUUUUAAAUGAAGUUUUAAUAUCUUUACCAUUUUCUUAUGCAUAUAAAUUAUUAGAUUAUAUUAAAACAUAUCUAAAAUCUUUCUAUUUUUUUCAAAAAAUUCAAGAAAAUAGAAAAAAAUUUCUUUCUUGUGGGGAUUUUAAUUUUUAUGUAGAGUAUUUAAUUAAUAUCGUUUUAUCCAUAAUAAAUAUUUAUAGAAAUCAGUUUUUAUUUGAUGUGAAAUUCAGAUUUCUUCUUUAUGAAUUACAUGAAUUAAUUACACCUCAUUUAAAAAAAUCAAUUGAUCAAUGUUCGUUUAAUCAAACCACUUUAAAUUUUUUAAUAAAUUCUGUGGAUGAUGAUGAUUUAAAUUUCAAUGAUUAUGAUGAAUUAUUGGAGAGUAAUAAACAGUUAAAGAAUAAAGAUAAAAUAAAUACAAAAAUAAAACAUGAGAAAAACGUAGAAAGUUUGAAGAAACUUAAUACUAAAGAAAAAGAAGAAUAUAUUGAAGAAAAUGAAGGAUUUACAAUCAAUCAGGAAAAGGAUAAUUCUGAAAAAAUGAAUAAAAAUAAAAAUAAAGAUAAUAUAAGUAAAAGUAAUGAUACUGAAAAUUAUGAAGAUAGAAAGAAUAACAUAGAUAAAAAUGUGGAUAAUAAUGAAAGUGGUAAAAGCGGAAAAAAAAAAAGAAGAAAAAAAUAA